CGUCAAGCUACACACAUCUCUAUUGAAUCAAAGCCGCCCUAUCGCCACAAUGAAGAUGGGCUAGCCGCUGUCAUAAGAACUGUCUUGCUAAAUCUUGAUCUCCAGCUUCUUCCAUCAACGAAAUCCUUCCCCCCUUCACGUAAACGGUGUCCAGCAGUCCCGUUGAUCCUUCUGCCCUCUCAUUCAUACUAAUCCAGAUCGCCGCUCUUCUCAGUUCUCCUUCGCGACUCAUGCUGGCUCUUAGAGUUCCCACGCCCCACCGAACCAUGCCGUAUUCCUCGGCCGACUCGCUCGCCGCCGUCUCGGCGGACUGCAGCUUGGGCAGGUCGGCGACGCUGCCUCUCCUUGCCUCUGCCACUCCAUCUGUCGUGCAUAAUCCCCGGGCAACUGUGCCGCGGACGCCGCAGGAGUGGAAUGAGCACCGCGGCGUGAUCACGCAUUUGUACCGCGAUCGCGAGCUGCCCCUCAAGGAGGUCCAGCGCAUUAUGGAGACCGAGUAUAAUUUCAAGGCUACCAAGCGCAUGUACAACACCAGACUCAACCAGUGGAACAUCCGCAAGAACUACCGCGCCGAGGAGAAGGAAUUGCUGGCCUCCCGCAUCGCCCAGGCGCACCUCCAGAGCCGACCCGUCUCCGAGGUCACCUUCAAGGGCCGGCCGGUCAAGCUGCACCGCGUGCUUCGACACAUUCGAGACCCGAAGCGUGGCAAGGCUGUCCGACAGAACCAGAGGCUGCCGCCGACUCGUACCACCGACGACGAGGGCACUUCCGAUUCCUCCUCUGCGUCAAAUCCUGUGCGGGACGACGACAUGGUUCGCGUGUGUUCGAGAGCCCCAGAGCCGUCGUGUGCGACGCCCGUGGAGUCGGGGAACACGACUUCCAGCUUACUUACGCCCUCGUCGUCGGGAUUGGACGACGAUAUGGAGACGUUUGAGAUCAUCCAGCGUGACGAGUUGCAUGUCGAACCACCACCCCCGAGCCCGCCGAUAUUCCCGCCCAAAGACAAUCUCAACAUGGAACUCCUCCUGCAUCAAACACGGUCGUAUUACCUUGAUGUCAUGGGCAGCUCCGUCACAGAUUCAUUCAACAGCGGCAGCCAUGUGGUGGACAACACGACGGUCUUUUGGUCCAACGUCAAGUCCGGCAUCUACUUCCUCAAGAAGCAAUUCCCGAACUUGGCAUGGCCUCUCCUGAACGAAGCAUGUGUGCUGGCGGGAGACGUCUUCGCCCAGACACCGGUCUUGUUCCUGAAUAGUGUCUUCACGGUGCUCUCGCCCAUCAACAUGAGAGUCUACCCGCAGGUGCGGAGCACGCUGCUGCGGUACCUGUCGAGCAUGGCGGCGAUCAAGCUGAAAUCCCGGCAGCACCCCCUGGCUGUCAUCUGCCGCGAGAUCGCACGGGACGGCGCGCUGGGCGAGGCGUCGGAGGCGGCGUCGAACCUGACGCUGGCGCUGUGCACGCAGACGCUGGGCCGCGACCACGGCGCCACGUUCGCCGUGCACCGCUCGCUGAUCAGCCUGCUGCGGCGGGCCAAGCGGCUCGACGCGGCCAAACGCCAGGGCGAGACCCUCGUCAACGUCACGGAGCAGGCGCUGACCUCCUCGUUGUCGUCGUCUUCGUCACGCUCCAGCGUCGACAUCUACCACCGCCGCCCCGCGGGCGUGGUCAUGACGGACCUGUGCACGGCCCUCACGGAGCUGGUGCACGUGCACAUGGACCUGGGCCAGCACGCCGUCGCACGCGGCCUGUGCUCCUCCGUCAUACAGAACUACCAGACCAUCCAGGGCGUGCACUUCCCGGACACGCGCGCCGCGUACGCCAUGGAGGACAUGGCCGAGCUGGGCCUGUGCCUCGGCGACCGCGCCGACGCCGUCUACUGGCUCAGGCAGGCGCUGGACGCGUCGUGCAUGCUCCGCGGCGAGGCGGAUGCGGCCACGCAGCAUGUCAGGGAUAAAUUGAGGGGGCUUACCGAUGAUGACGGUGGGCUGGCAGAUCUGGAGAGCUUGGAUGUUUAGGGUAAAGUUGGACUGUUCCCCUUGUGCAGAUCGAUCUUACUUGCAAUUAUGCGGCAAGGAUGAAAGGGUAUGUAUCGAGUAGCCAUGGGAGGAGUGUGUCUGCCUGCGACCGAUUUGCGGAGCGAGUGCCAAGGCGCUAACCCCCAACAGCGCGGAUAGCUCCUCUUUAGCAAUCUCCACAUGCAAGUCUGCGGCCAAUAGCGGUGUAAAUGUACUAAGUGGCUGUGUUGCGC